AUGGAUUGCGGAAAGGACUUCCGUGGGAGUGGAAUUCCUUCAAAACAUCAAGGAACUCACACGGGGGAGAAACCAUAUAAAUGUAUAGAGUGUGGAAAGAGCUUCCUUUUGAGUAAACACCUUAAUGCACAUCAUCGAACUCACACUGGUGAGAAACCAUUUAGUUGUAUGGAGUGCGGAAAGACCUUCAGUCAGAGUGGAAACUUUAAAAGACACCAGCGAAUUCACACUGGGGAGAAACCAUUUAAAUGCAUAGAAUGUGGAAAGUGCUUCAGUGAUAGUGGAAACCUUACAAACCAUCAACUAACUCACACAGAAGAGAAGCCAUUUAAAUGCAUAGUGUGUGAAAAGAGCUUCAGUUGUAGAGGAAACCUUAGAAGACAUAAGCGAAUUCACACAGGGGAAAAAUCAUUUAAAUGUAUGGCAUGUGGAAAGACCUUUUGUGAAAGGGCAAAACUUUCCAUACAUCUACGAACUCACACAGGGGAAAAACCAUUUAAAUGCAUGGAGUGUGGAACAUGCUUCCGUCAUAGAGAAUCGCUGAAAAUGCAUCAAUAUACUCAUACAGGAAAUAAACCAUAUAAAUGUUUUGAGUGUGGAAAAUGCUUCAGUCAGAGAGAAUCGAUGAAAAUGCAUCAAUAUACGCAUACAGGAGAUAAACCAUAUAAAUGUUUUGAGUGUGGAAAAUGCUUCAUUCAGAGUGGAAGCCUUAAUGUACAUCUACAAAUUCACACAAGGGAGAAACCUUUUAAAUGCAUGGAUUGUGGAAAGAACUUCAUUAAUAGUGGAACGCUUAGAAGACAUCAGCAAACUCACAUGGGAAAACCAAUUUGA